CAACAAUUAAAAAAAACAAAAAAAGAAGACUUUGGUUUUAUCAUCAUAGUAUAUAUAUAUACAUAGUCGUAUAAUAAUCUAAUAUUGUUAUCUAUUUUUGAUAAGCUGGUAAUUGGUAUGUUCAGGUAGGAGUAGAAAAUCCAUCUUUUGAUUCUUUUACCUAUAUCUCUGUGACCAAAAAUGUCGACCCAUUAUCACCAUGUGUCCGAGGACCCAACUACACCAACACCAACAACAAGUACUGAGAACCCUUCAGUUAUUUCAGCUCAGCUUCAACAACAACAACAACAACAACGACAACAGCCUCUCACUGAGAGUUCAAAUGGGCAAUUAUCAGUCACCACAGCCACAAAGUCUUAUCCUUUAGCCACGGCUUCCUAUGAGGAAGUGGCUCAAAGUUUGGACCUUUUCUGGGAAAAGCUCCAAGCUUUUCACCAAUCCUUUGGAACCAAAUUCGUGGUUCCUACCGUAGGAGGAAAGGGGCUAGAUCUAUAUCGCCUCUUUGUUGAAGUCACAUCUCGUGGUGGCCUUGAAAAGGUAAUUAGAGAUCGUAAAUGGAAAGAAGUAAUUGUUGCAUUCAAUUUCCCAUCGACAAUUACCAGCGCAUCAUUUGUCUUACGCAAGUACUAUCUAUCGUUGCUUUAUCACUUUGAGCAGGUCUACUACUUCCACAAGAAAGUCCCUCCAAACUCAGUGUCUGAUCCUGUAAGCAGAAACCUGGUCAAUGGCUCAGCUACACUUGAGGAAGGUGCUGCUAGGAACGAGUUGCCAGCUUCUCCAAUACUAUCACCUGGCUGUUCUGUGACUGGAACAAUUGAUGGAAAAUUUGACAGUGGAUAUCUGGUUACUGUAAACCUGGGUACUGAUCAACUGAAAGGUGUCUUGUACCAUAUUCCUCUUAAUGUUUCUAAGAGUUCUUAUUCUUUGACCAAGCCUACUCGCCGGAGCCGAAAGAGAUCCAGGUUGGCCUUACGUGAUCCCUCACGGCCCAAAUCAAACAGGAGUGGUUACAAUUUCUUUUUUGCUGAGCAUUAUGCCAGGCUAAAGCCUUUAUACUACGGGCAAGAGAAAGCCAUUAGCAAGAAGAUUGGGCUCCUUUGGACCAAUCUCACAGAAGCUGAAAAACAGGUUUAUCAGGAGAAAGGGUUGAGAGACAAGGAGAGAUACAGGACAGAAAUGUUGGAGUACAAAUCUUCCUACGAUUCAACACCUCAUUAGUCUCCAUCUUAGGUCAUUUUACCACCCAUUUUUUAGGACUGCAUUCUCCUCUCAGCUUGUGUUGUUGUAGUCGUUUGUUAAUCUUUUCCAAUUUCCCUCUAUAUUUCUUUACAAAGACUACCCCACAGUAUACACCUUUCAAAACCGUGGGACAUCAAAGAGGGAAAGCUCUGUAACAUAACUAGCAAUAUUUAUCAUAAAUUUUGAUUUGGUGGAACACAA